AUGGGAUACACAGAGGGAGAGGGCAGAGAAAGAACUGCUGAGAAAGAAGAAACAUUAACAGUACAAAAGCCUGGUUCAGGUUUCAAGGCUGGCAGUGAGCAACAGAAGGCAAAAGUUCUAUACCUUGCAAACACUACGUGCUUCUCAGACCAUGUUCUAGCACAACGGAUCAUUUUCGUCGCGCCAAAGCUCACGUGCUUCACGGCGGUGGAACUGCCGGGGAGAGGUGGCGGCUUCGUUAGGCGAUUCUGCUCUUUCCGGAAGGAGCUUGGGAAAGGAAAUGGACUUCCACAGUGGCUUGGAUGUGGGGUCACCGGUGAGGUGCUUCUCGAUGGGUGGGUUGUGGCGCUUUUGGUGGCGCUGGCCCAUGGUUGCGGCCGCAGGCGGUGGGUGACUGGGUUUACAUCACCGGAGAGAUUUUUAGUCUAG